GGUAAGUCGUUUGAGCAGCGAGACACACGAUAGCACCUCGAGCAGACCAGUAAACAAAGACUAAGCGAGUCUCAACUCCCCCUUAAGAAUGGAACAAGGUUACGAAUCCUCUGACAGUGGAGUGUACGACAUAGUGGACAUCGCAUUCCCAUUUGAAUACCCCCGCCAGCCUGGCAAGGAUUACAGUGGCGGAGCUCCUCACCAAGAAGCGGGUGCCGGACGUUCAGGAUUCCUUCCCCCUGGCAUACAAAUCCCGGCGCACCCGCUGUCGACCCAGCCUGAGGACGUGGUGCCAAUACAUGGAGUCUCUGGAGAAGAUGAAGAGUACCCCAUGGGCAACCAGGAGCAUGGGAUAGCCCUCAUCUUGAACCAUGAAUUCUUUGAAGAAGACGUCCUUCGUAACAGAGAGGGCACAGAGAUCGACAGAAACGCAUUGAUCCGUGCAUUCACAACACUCGGCUUCGAAGUACGCUGUUUCGACAAUCUGACAUAUAGGGAAAUUCGCCAACAACUCAGACGAGUGGCCGAGGAGGACCACGUCAACUGCGUUGCAGUGGCUGUGCUUUCGCAUGGCGGGGCGAAUAAUGUGCUGUUUGCAAAAGACCAGGAGUAUCAUGUCAGCGACCUGCUGGAACCUUUCAGACCCGCUCAGUGCCCACGCCUUGUUGGGAAACCCAAACUCUUCUUCAUACAGGCGAGUAGGGGAUGGAUGGCUGUAACUUCAUCGGCUCCGUUACGCCAUAAGGAGAAGACCUCAUAUCAUACUCCACCUGUGCAGGCGAGUGAGUCAAGCCCAAUGAUGAAGCACAUUCGUUUUGCUCCGAAUCCGCAGGCGAGUGAGUCAAGCCCAAUGAUGAAGCACAUUCGUUUUGCUCCGAAUCCGCAGGCGAGUAGGAGAUGGAUGACUGUAACUCCAUUGGCCCUGUUACCCUAUACUCCACCUGUGCAGACGAGUAUGGAAAGGGAGACUUCUGAGAGUGGUAUCUUCAGAGGCCCUGUUAAUACAUAUGGUGAUGUCCUCAUAUCGUACUCCACAUCUGAAGGUUCACAUUCAUUCCGCAAUCUACGAAAUGGUGCAUGGUACGUGCAGACCCUAUGCGCCCAACUGGAGGCCCACGGCAGAACUAAGGACUUAGUGUCACUGCUCACAGACGUGAACCGCAUCGUGAGCGAACAGUUUCGCUCGUACAACCCUCAAAAUCCAGAGUUACAUAACAAGAUUCAGGAACCCUGCUUCACUUCUGCCUUGAAACGGCGAUUGUAUUUCCGGUAGAGUAAUCAUCCUGGGCAGCCAAAGUUCCCAACCAGCCAAAGUUCCCAAUCAGCCACUACUUGCCAUUCCAGGCUCGUUACUGCAUUCAUUGGAAUCAACACCAAUGCAUUCACUGUACCAGAAGUUUAGUCAACCAGAUCCAACGUAGCCGACAAACAAUCUUCUUCCUCUCUUCUUUUGGCCAAUAGCAUGAUUUUUGGCAGAUCAUUAUUUCUAAUCUAUUGGCACUAAUCUUUCAGGAACUUAACACUACAGUUUUGUUUCAUUAACCUUUACAGCCAUUAUUAUUAGGAUAUAUUUACACUAAUGAAAGUAUGAGCCUAAAGGUAAUACAACAUAAUAUGUAUCGAAAUAUGGGUGCAUGUUCACAAUAUACGGAUAAAUACAUUGAAUGGUAAAUUAACUAGAGAUAUCAAAUGAAAAAUAUAGCAACUUGGGGCGUCAAAAGGCACAUUCGAUUUCUUCCUACAACAAUCUCAUAUAAGAGAAAUUGACAUUGUUGUUGUUGUUGUGGUCUUCAGUCCUGAGACUGGUUUGAUGCAGCUCUCCAUGCUACUCUAUCCUGUGCAAGCUUCUUCAUCUCCCAGUACCUACUGCAACCUACAUCUUUCUGAAUCUGCUUAGUGUAUUUAUCUCUUGGUCUCCCCCUACGAUUUUUACCCUCCACGCUGCCCUCUAAUACUAAAUUGGUGAUCCCUUGAUGCCUCAGAACAUGUUCUACCAACCGAUCCCUUCUUCUGGUCAAGUUGUGCCACAAACUUCUCUUCUCCCCAAUCCUAUUCAAUACUUCCUCAUUAGUUAUGUGAUCUACCCAUCUAAUCUUCAGCAUUCUUCUGUAGCACCACAUUUCGAAAGCUUCUAUUCUCUUCUUGUCGAAACUAUUUACCGUCCAUGUUUCACUUCCAUACAUGGCUACACUCCAUACAAAUACUUUCAGAAAUGACUUCCUGACACUUAAAUCUAUACUUGAUGUUAACAAAUUUCUCUUCUUCAGAAAUGCUUUCCUUGCCAUUGCCAGUCUACAUUUUAUAUCCUCUCUACUUCGACCAUCAUCAGUUAUUUUGCUCCCCAAAUAGCAAAACUCCUUUACUGCUUUAAGUGUCUCAUUUCCUAAUCUAAUACCCUCAACAUCACCCGACUUAAUUCGACUACAUUCCAUUAUCCUCGUUUUGCUUUUGUUGAUGUUCAUCUUAUAUCCUCCCUUCAAGACACUAUCCAUUCCGUUCAACUGCUCUUCCAAGUCCUUUGCUGUCUCUGACAGAAUUUUAAUGUCAUCGGCGUACCUCAAAGUUUUUAUUUCUUCUCCAUGGAUUUUAAUACCUACUCCAAAUUUUUCUUUUGUUUCCUUUACUGCUUGCUCAAUAUACAGAUUGAAUAGCAUCGGGGAGAGGCUACAACCCUGUCUUACUCCCUUCCCAACCACUGCUUCUCUUUCAUGCCCCUCGACUCUUAUAACUGCCAUCUGGUUUCUAUACAAAUUGUAAAUAGCCUUUCGCUCCCUGUAUUUUACCCCUGCCACCUUUAGAAUUUGAAAGAGAGUAUUCCAGUCAACACUGUCAAAAGCUUUCUCUAAGUCUACAAAUGCUAGGAACGUAGGUUUGCCUUUCCUUAAUCUUUCUUCUAAGAUAAGUCGUAAGGUCAGUACUGCCUCACGUGUUCCAGUAUUUCUACGGAAUCCAAACUGAUCUUCCCCGAGGUCGGCUUCUACUAGUUUUUCCAUUCGUCUGUAAAGAAUUCGUGUUAGUAUUUUGCAGCUGUGGCUCAUUAAACUUAAUGAUUUUAAUUUUUGUUGCUAGUAGCUGGUCACGUUUCCGAUUUGGCACUGCUUACGUAUCUAGGUAACCCCAUUUUUUUUCAUUCAUAAAUUUUCCGUAUCUUAAAUGGACAAUCAUUGCAUCUUGUUAAAUCUUUCCUCAUCUCACUGUAAAUAAUAAUAUGUAGUUUGUUUCUUUCUAUAAACAUCCUACAGUAAGAUUUCUUAGAAGUAACUUUGUGUAAACCGUACCAAUCCUUACUAAUGUUAGCUCUUGUCUUUGAAAUUUGCUGUAAAGUACACUAGAACUGGACUCGGUGGAGAAUGUCUUAAUAAACAGCACAGCACAUCAGUAAAAGAUAUAGAAAAUUCUCAUUAAAUUAAAGAAUCACAGAAGUGUAUACAGGGCAGAAUAACAAAUGCGUCAUGUCUACCUUCUCUUGAAAGUGCCUUGUGAAUGAAAACUUUAAGGUCAUUCUUUGAAUUCACCAGUGAUAUCUCUUACUAAAUGUGGCAUGAUUUUGUAGCAAUUUUUCCAGUUCUUGAUCUAGGCCUACAUCAAACAUCUGCUAUUUCGACUUGUAAGCUUAUUUACUAACUCAUUCAAUUAAGUAUUCAACAAAACCGAUUCCGAAUUAAAGUAAAUUAAUUUGCAAAAACAGACAUUGAUUUCAUGCUCAACAAUAUUUCGGAAAUGAAGAUGCUAUUAUGUUUGACAAAUUACUAUUUCAUCGUCUUUAACGAUUUUAUAUUCAAAGUGACUGCUUACUUUAUGAAGAACUAUAAACCCUUUUCUGGAUUUGUAAGUGAACAGACUGAUUUACUGAAUACUAGACUUGGGUUCCGAAGGAGUGACUUUCUAAACCACCUACAACCAUCCACGUUUGUGUUUCCUGAGAUUUCACUAAAUAGCUUAAGACGAAUUCCGAUAUGGUUCUCCUAAAAACAUCAGAGCUCAUUUCACUGCUCUUCCUUACCCAGUCCGCAGAUGUGCUCCGUCUCUGAUGAAAACUUUGUCAUUGACACAUUAUGUCCUAAAGCUUCUUCCAUUCUCCCCGACUUACACUACAACGAAAUGUGUUAAUGAGGUGUUGUAGAGACAGAUUUCCUCAUUUUCUACAUUUACUUUAUCCUCAUGUUCUACAUUUACUUUAUGAUAAAAUCAUCAUAAUUAGCUGAAGGUGCUUUAGAUACACUGAUGAGAGAAAAAAAACAACACAUAAAAUAUAAACUCAAAUACUUGUCCUUAUCUACGAGGCACGUUCAAUAAGUAGUAAAAUAAAUUGCUUUAAGCAGGCUGGUUUUAUUCAGGACUGCAAUAUUUCUACAUCUACAUCCAUAAUCCGCAAGCAACUUGACGGCGUGUGGCGGAGGGUACUAUGAGUACCUCUAACGGUUCUCCCUUCUAUUCCAGUCUCGUAUUGUUAGUGGAAAGAAAGAUUUUCGGUAUACCUCUGUAUGGGCUCUAAUCUCUCUGAUUUUAUCCUCAUGGUCUCUUUGCGAGAUAUACGUAGGAGGGAGCAAUAUACUGCUUGACUCCUCGGUGAAGGUAUGUUCUCGAAACUUCAACAAAAGCCCAUACCGAGCUACUGAGUGUCUCUUUUGCAGAGUCUUCCACUGGAGUUAUCUGUCAUCUCCGUAACCCUUUUGCUAUCACUAAAUGAUCCUGUAACAAAGUGCGCUGCUCUCCAUUGGAUCUUCUCUAUCUCUUCCAUCUACCCUAUCUGGUACGUAUCCCACACAGGUGAGUAGUAUUCAAACAGUGGGCGAACAAGUGUACUGUAACCUACUUCCUUUGUUUUCGGAUUGCAUUUCCUUAGGAUUCUUCCAAAGAAUCUCAGUCUGGCAUCUACUUUACCGAUGAUUAAUUUUAUAUGGUCAUUCCAUUUUAAAUCACUCCUAAUGCCUACUCCCAGAUAAUUUAUAGAAUUAACUCCUUCCAGUUGCUGACCUGCUAUAUUGUAGAUAAAUGAUAAAGGACUUUCUUUCUAUGUAUUCGCAGCACAUUACACUUGUCUGUAUUGAGAUUCAAUUGCCAUUCUCUGCAGUUUGCGUCAAUUAGUUCCAGAUCCCCUGCAUUUCAGUACAAUUUUCCACUGUUACAACCUCUUGAUAUACUACAGCAUCAUCCACAAAAAGCCUCAGUGAACUUCCGAUGUUAUCCACAAGGUCAUUUACGUAUAUUUUGAAUAGCAACGGUCCUACGACACUCCCCUGCGGCACACCUGAAAUCACUCUUACUUCGAAGGACUUUUCUCCAUUGAGAAUGACAUGCUGCAUUCUGUUGUCUAGGAACUUUUCAAUCCAAUCACACAGUUGGUCUGAUAGUCCAUAUGCUCUUACUUUGUGCAUUAAACGACUGUGGGGAACCGUAUCAAACGCCUUGUGGAAGUCAAGAAACAUGCCAUCCAUCUGGGAACCCGUGUUUUGUGGCCCUCUGAGUCUCGUGGGCAAAUAGCGCAAGCUGGGUUUCACAUGAUCGUCUUUUUCGAAACCCAUGCUGUUUUCUACGGAGUAGAUUUCUAGUCUCCAGAAAAGUCAUUAUACGACAUCUUGGUAGAUGAUUGUUGCAGUGUCUGUGUGUUUAUGGGUUGCAGUUUUCUAACUCUGUUGUUGUAACACAGUGGCUCUUUUCCAUCUCUUACGAUCUUGCUUGGCACAUGCUCAUCUAAUGCAUAUUCAUAAUAUUCUCCAUUCUUUUAGCUACAGAAUCUUACUUUUCAACAUGAUCUUCAUUCAAUGCGACAGAUUUACGCAAUCUUACUGGAAGUUUCUGUAUGCUCUCAUGGCUACGUCGGAGCGAACAUCUUGCCGCACCAGCAGAGACGUCCAGUGUGCAGUGGGGUGCGUGAUUGUGAUCCGUCGAACACUGCGAUUAAGUAUCCGCAUUUUCCAAUAUUACAGAAGUCACAGCUGUGUACGGCCGGCCGCCACGCGGGAGAUUAGACAGGUUUGAGAGGUCUUGUUGCGACAGUACCACGCGCCUCGCCCGACGACUUACCGUGACUUUGUUCAAUGCCAUUACUCCAUAGGCAUUCUGCAGGGGUAGACAUUCCACAAGCGUAGACAUUCUACAAGUACCUAGGAAUACCUGCGAUGCUCAGGUUUUCCGCCAAAAGAGACUUAAUGACAGCACUCUGCUUGGAAUGCACCUCCGUUGCAGACGCCAUUUUGGAGGCUACGUAUAGGGGCUGAAGCGGGAAUAUUUCACGAUGCCCCAUAAUAAAUGCUGCAUUUUUUCAACCGGAACUAGUUGAGAAAAAAAUCUGUGGCAUUACUUAUUGAACGCCCGUCAUUACCAUUUGUUUGUUCAGUUUUAAAACUAUUGUUUGUGAUAAUGUGGCUUUCAUCUACAACUGAGUAAAUAAAAUUGUUUCUGGAAAA